AACGUGAAAUCUUGGGGGGAGGGGGGACGCGAAAGAGACACACGCUACUUUCUCCCAGUUUCGCGUCGACGUUCAAUCUGGUUCAAACGGGAGUCGUGAAACGGAGGUAAAAAACAACACAGGGGAAACAGAGAGGAAGAAGGCACAAGCGGAAAAUAAAGGAGGUGGAGGAAAAAGUGAAAUAACAGGAGAUUAGCGGGAAGACUGGAGGGACAGGCUGGAAAGAGAGCUUGAAGACACUGCGCAAGUGGAGAGCGAGACUUGCCAUUUAUUUUUAGAGGUCUCUGCUUUUGUGUGAAGAUUUUUUGUUUCUCAUCUGCAGACCGAAAGGAGGUGACACCAUGACAACAGAAAUGCAGGAGAUCGCCAUCACAGAGGAGAAGCCUUUACUCACGGGUCAGGCUGACACCACCAAGGAUGCUGAACUGGCGGCUAGGAUACUCCUGGACCAAGGACAGGAGCACAAUGUUGAGACCCCUCAUGGUGUCCUGCACGUGACCCUCCACGGCACGCGAACCACCCGCAGGCCCGCUAUCCUCACCUUCCACGAUGUGGGUCUGGACAGUAAGAGCUGCUUCUCCCCUCUGUUUAAGUUCGAGGAGAUGCAGGAGAUUGUCAAGAAUUUCACCCUGAUUCAUAUCGAUGCUCCGGGACAAGAGGAGGGGGCCGCCGCCUACCCGACAGGUUACCAGUAUCCCUCCAUGGAGACCAUAGCAGAGAUGAUCCCUGCUGUCCUGCAGUUUUUCAACUUCCGUACUGUAAUCGGAGUGGGUGUGGGAGCAGGAGCGUACAUCCUCUCCAAGUUCACACUCGCGAACCCAGAUUCAGUGGAGGGUCUGGUUCUGAUCAACAUUGACACUAACGCCCGUGGAUGGAUAGACUGGGCUGCUCAGAAGCUCAGCUCUGUGACAUCCUCCCUCACAGAGCAGAUCCUGUCCCACCUUUUCAGUCAGGAGGAACUGUCAUCAAACACAGAUCUAGUGCAGUCUCACAGAGAGCGUAUCUCCAAAGCUUCUAAUCUGAUCAACAUAGAGCUCCUCUGGAAGACUUACAACAGUCGCAGAGACUUGAACAUUGAUCGCAACUGUACCUUCAAGUGUCCAGUAAUGUUGGUGGUGGGUGAUCAGGCUCCAUAUGAGGACGCUGCCGUGGAGUGCAACAGCAAACUGGACCCAACAACAACCUCAUUCCUUAAGAUGGCUGAUGCUGGUGGUCUCCCACAGCUGACCCAGCCUGCUAAACUGACUGAGGCUUUCAAGUAUUUCAUCCAGGGCAUGGGCUACAUGGCUUCGUCUUGCAUGACUCGCCUGUCCCGCUCCCGCACCACCUCCCUCUCCUCCUCCUACUCCAUGGAUGGGUCCCGCUCUCGCUCCCGCACCCUGUCCCAGGGCUCGCAGGGCGGCCAGAUGCCACCUAGCCCGUCCCAAACGAUGGAGGUGUCUUGCUGAAGAAAAAGAGUUCAAAAGGGAGAGAGAAAGCGAGAGAGAGAGAGAGCGUGAAUAAGAGGAGAGGGGCGAAGGCAAAAGGAAGGGAGGGAUGAAGCAUGAAAAUAAUGCAGGACGAAUGGGUUACUUAUUUGUCACUAAAUGACUCCCAUCAUUCCCCACACGAGCAGAAUAGGAACAGAGACAGGGAGAGGGAGGGAGAAAGAGAAAUACAGGGAUUUCAGAGGAAGAUAGAAACCUAUCCUCUACAUUUUGCACCACAUUCAAGUCCAAUCCUUCUCCUCACAUCCCCCCUCCAGCUGAAAACAAAGUGGAUUGGGCUGUUCUAUUAUGAAUAUAAGAACUAUAGGCAAGAAGAGAUUAAUAAAAAGCAGGGGAGGUGGGGAAAGAAAUGGCAACCAGUCCUCUCUCCCUCCCUCUAUUGGAGCCCCUGUCAGCCAAUAGAGCCCUUUACUUUAGAUAGGAGUGUGGCCUAUAGAGACUGCACUCCUCUAUGUUAACCAAUAGUAAUAAUUCUGAAAAUGGUAUUGUUGUUGAUGCUGAUGAUUAUGUUGUUGAGGAUGAUACUGAAGAUAAUGAUGAUGAUAAUGUUAUAGAAAAAAACAGUUAACACUUUUCUCUUUAUUACACAAUGAAUUUAAAAAUGACAUAGAUAAAAAAAAACAUACUAUAGCAGAUAUACUUAUAACAAUGUGUGUCUACUACUUUUUAAGCUAGUUCUUAUUAUGUUAUUUUUAUUUCUUUAAUCUGAUUUUAUUUUCUUAUUUGUAACCUGCCUCAGCAAGGGGCUGAAGCUACUGAUUGGUUGACCUGUCAUGUGGUAACAGCCAAUGAGAGCCAUUAUAGUGACUACUUCCUCCUUGAUGUUGCCAGGUUGUUUAUGUCUUCCAUUUGCCCUGUCUAUAAGUGACUGUUUUUGCUUUCCCAUUGGAUUUGAGGAGGUGGGCAGGAAGCUUUUACUUCUAUUUUACUUUUUUUUUCUGGACUGUUUGGAAGUUGCAUGCGUGGUAUCAGCCCAUGUGAAUACUGUCUUGAUAAUAUUUUUCUUUUAUAUUCUGCUAAUGAUUUGCGUGGAUUUGGGUGUGUGUGUGUAUGUUUGUAUGUGUGUGUCUGUGUGUGUGUGUGUGCGCGUGCUGCUUUGUUUGCUUGGAGUGUUUAGCGAACAUGAUGGUUGGCAGGUAAGCAUAGGUGAAACUGAGGGUGUUUGUGAGCUUUAGCUAGCUAGCACCCUAUCACUAAGACUAGUCGCACACUAAAUAGUGCUUCCAACAUUGCUGGCAGUCUUGCACUGCAUGUCUGAAUAUCCACACUUGUAUACUACAUACCAGGGAGCGUUACAUCACUAAGUAGCAUGCUAGUAUGGAUACUGCAUUUCAGUGUCAGGCGUGGCCAGAAGGGAUCACUGUGUCCAUCAUCUGGGUUGUAAUUUUUUAGCCUUGCCCAUGCACGGAUACCUCCUAACAAACCCAGCUAGCAUACUUGAGUUCAUGUGCGAUGUGAGGUAAAAUGAACACACGCUCCUCUCCGGCAACAAGCGGCUUUAUUCAAGCAAUGGGGUAAAGAGAAUUGUGUCUGCAAGUGAUUGUCGCUCUGUAUGUGUGUGUGUGUAUGUUUUGAAGAAAGUAGACAUGAGGUGUAUGGAAGUGCUUGUGUCCUGUAAGCAUAAUUAAAGUAACGGACGGAAAAAAGGUCAGGGUCCUAUAGAAAAGUUUAGUAUCAGUUUUGAGACCAACAAAACCCCCUGUGACUUAUAAUGACAAUGAACCAGCCCCUUCACUGCCACAACACUAAAAAAAAGGAUUUAGAAAUGGUUGCAUCUUUUGGUACAGACUGUUAUAGGUUAUAGGACGCAAAAGAUUUAGCGUUUUCCAUUUUGAGAGUAAAAAAUCAGCCAAAAAGACAACCAAUCUGGAAUUCCAGCCAAUGAGCAAUCUUACUGCCAAAACUAAGAGCCCCAAAAUACUAGCGAUGUUUUUGUCUAAAUUCUGCUAUCAGAAAUGCUGUGGGCUAAAUUUGCGCCUUAUAGCAGUUUUGGUGUCGGUAUAACUGAACCCUAGUUCCUCCUAAAUUGUUGAUAUUGCAAAAACAGAUCAACACAAAGCUUACCACUGCCCUGUCAAGUGUAGCCACUGGACUGACUUAAAGGACCCAUAUUUGGACCCAAUCCAAUAUCCUUGGAGCGCAUGUACAUUUUUAAGCGUAUCACCUCUUGUGCACACAUUUUCUGAUAUUUAUUUUCUUUAAUAAGCAGUAUAAUUUUUAUGAGUCAUUUGGAGGCUGCCUGUGUCUUUAAAAUACUGUUUAGUGAUCCUUUCCCAGACCUGUUUGAUAAAGAUGGAGCGAUGAUUUUGAUGACAGAUAAGAACGUCAUUAGAGGGCCUCAGAUUUGAGCUUUGAACCGAGUGGUACAUGGGAGAUAUUAAUGAUGGUAGAGAUGUUUUAAGUUACUUCCCCUCUGGCUCAUCAUGCAUAAGCAGCCUUUGCAACUCUAACAGCUGUUGCAUUUAAUGAGGCAAACACAAACCAUUACAUUAAAAUGAUUUGUGUUAUUGGUUGUAAAUGAUGUCCAACCAGGACGAUGCCAUGUUUUAGUUGCUGUUCAGAGGGCCUGAGUGUAGAAUGUAAAUGUUUGGCUCCUCCCAGACUGAAAUUAAAACUCAAACAAUAGGGCAUGGGAACCUCUACCAAAUAAGGGAUAACAGGUGGAGCCUAGAAAAUAAAAUUGCCAAAUAAGGAAAAAGGAGUGGUACUUCUUUGUGGAGAGAUGAGCAGGGCUGUGUGAUUGUAAAUGCUUGUCCGUUUUGUCUUUGUUUGUCUCUUAAUUUUUACUUCUAUCAUAUUUUUCUUUCCCCUCUAUGUUUUGGAAUUUUAUUUUUUUUGUUUUAUCUCUGUGAUGUGUUAGUUUACCGUCCCGAUGUGCUCACAAGUUAGUUAACUGUGUGAUAGUUCUUGUGUAACUUUUUUAGCAUUAGCGCUGAUAAGGGAGAAUAAUAUAAUUAACAAUAAAAAAAGAUUAAAGGUAAAGAGAAUACAAUCAAAUUUACUUGUGUGGCUAAUUUCUCUGUGUAACACAAUGAACAUCCUAAAAAGUAAACUUAAAUAUUAAUAAAAGCUUAAGAGAAA